UCCAAGUCAUACCCCAACUCCCCAGGAGAUUCAAAGAAUGAGAGUUCUACUCCAAUGGCUUCUCAUCUUUGUUGCCACCACCUUCACCACAGAAACCAUGGGUGCACCCAACAAGACUCCAAAACUUAGCCCUAUCGACCCGCGUUUAAGAGAUCUAAACAUCGAUAACUUGGCAACUGUUUCUAGCGACUUAGAAACGUUUUUCUACAACCAGACACUCGACCAUUUCAAUUACAAGCCAGAAAGUUACACCACUUUCCCACAACGCUAUGUUAUCAACUCUAAAUGGUGGGGUGGUGCGCAUAACAAUGCACCGAUUUUUGCUUAUCUUGGAGCCGAAGGACCCAUAGAUGGUGACAUCAAGAUCCUCGGAUUUCUUCCUGAAAAUGCCCCACGUUUCAAGGCUCUUAUUGUGUAUAUAGAGCAUCGGUUUUAUGGAAAAUCGAAUCCAGUCGGGUCAAUGGAGAAAUCCGUAAAAAACAAGAAUUUGCGUGGGUAUUUCAAUUCGGCUCAAGCAUUGGCAGAUUAUGCAGAAGUACUUGAACAUCUCAAGAAAAAGUUGCAUGCACAUAAUUCUCCUAUCAUCGUUAUGGGAGGCUCUUAUGGUGGAAUGCUUGCUUCAUGGUUUCGUCUAAAGUAUCCGCAUAUUGCGCUUGGAGCUCUAGCUUCAUCGGCUCCUAUUCUUUACUUUGAUAAUAUUACUCCUGAAGAUGGAUAUUAUUCAGUCGUUACCAAUGAUUUCAGGGAAGUAAGCGAAAAUUGUUACACGACAAUAAGAAAAUCAUGGGACGAGAUCGAAAAAGUUGCUUCAAAACCAAAUGGGCUUGCGAUUCUUAGCCAAAAAUUUAAAACUUGCUCGCCGUUAAAGGAUCCAGUGGACCUCACGAACUUCUUAGAUUCCACGUAUGCGAGUGCAGCUCAAUACAAUGCUCCACCUAAGUAUCCGACGACCCAAAUUUGUCAAGGCAUUGAUGGAGCAAGCAAGACCAUUGAUAUUCUUGAUCGUGUAUAUGCCGGCAUCGUUGCGUAUCAAAAUAAACCUUGUUAUAAUAUGACACAGGAAGUUAGUGAAACAUCUAUUGGAUGGCAGUGGCAAACUUGCAGCGAGAUGGUGAUGCCCAUCGGUAUAACUAGUAAAGUUAGCAUGUUCCCAAGCUCGCCUUAUGAUCUACAAGAAUUUAUCAACAAUUGUAAAAAGUUGUAUGGAGUUGCACCUCGAGCUCAUUGGGCAACAACUUAUUAUGGUGGACAUGAUAUAAGACUGGUGCUUAGCAAGUUUGCAAGUAACAUCAUCUUCUCGAACGGUUUAAGAGAUCCUUAUAGCAGUGCAGGGGUAUUGGAAGAUAUAUCAGAUUCUAUCCUUGCCGUAAAAACAACCAACGGUUCACAUUGCUUGGACAUAUUAAACUCAAAAGAAGGAGAUCCCGAAUGGUUGGUUAAACAGCGACACGAGGAAGUACAGAUCAUCAAAAGAUGGUUUGGAAAAUACUAUCAUAGUCUUCGUGUAUUGAAGCAAUGACAUAUAUCAUAGCGUUUAUGAAUGCUAAUGGAAACAAGUCAUUGGAGAGUAGUUAAGAAUACUUACAUAUGUUAUUAGUGAAAGUUUUAUCUACUUUAAUUAGUCCACUUUUAUUGUCGUUUUUUAUGUGUCAUAAAUUGAUAAUAUGAAACACUUGACUUAUGCUUG